CGUAGCUUGUAGGCUAACACCACAGGAACUCAGUAAAUAUCUCAGGGUCAUUCACGUUCAUAUAAAACAGUUUUCCUGAAAAUGUCCACUCCGCUGCUUCUCAGGGCGUUCGUAAACGAGCGGCUGACAGCUGCCGCCGACGAAAUAUUUCAGGUUUUUGAACGAACGAUCGCUAAAUAUGAGGAAGAAGCUUCCAGCUCGAAGCAGGAGAUUGAGCGUCUGAGAGGUCUGCUGCUGGAGUUUGUGUCAAACCACAAAACAGACUUUUCUCAGGCGUCCAUCUGUAGAGAAGAAACUCCGCCUGAGCAGCAUCACCGUGAGCAGGAGCAGAGCGUCUGUCAGAGCGAUCCAGAGCCUCGACACAUUAAAUUGGAAGAUAACGAACUCUGGGCCAGUCAGCAACAAGAAGAAGAACAAGAGUUUGAGGAAGCUAACCUACCUUAUUCAUCUGUCUGGGAGAAAAACGAGCAGGACGACACAAAACCGCCUUUACAACCGCAGACUCAGAACAGUGAGAGUGAGGAGCAUUUUCACGAAGCAACUAAAACCAUACAGCUCAUCCUACCUCUCGCCUCAACUCUGUCUUCACAAACUCUGAUCCAGAAUGAAAGUCUCAAUGAUGGAAGGGAAAAUGAAAGACCUGCUGCGAGUUUAGGGACAAAUCAAACACAGACAGGAAGUCAGAGCUCCUUCAUGACUUCUAGGACACCUUCUGAGUUAUCUCAUAUGAAUUCAUCGAAUUAUUGUUGCUGUUUGUGCAGUAAACCUUUUUCCUCCAAUCAUCACUUGACAAAUCAUGCUUUUCGAAUGCAUUCAAAUGACACGGAUGCGAUCUGCGCUGUGUGUGGAAUGACCCUGGAGUCCACAGAGAGCCUUAACGUGCACCUUCAGUCACACAAGGGCUCAAACUGCUGCCACGUGUGCGGCAAACGGUGCAACAGCACCACCGCUCUGGCUGAGCACAUGGCCGGACAUGCCGGCGUGAAACUGCAUCGAUGUCACGUUUGUGGGAAAGAGUGCAGCCGAAAAGGAGAUUUAAAGAUUCACAUGAGGAUUCACACGGGAGAGAAGCCUUUCUGCUGCUCUUUCUGUGAUAAAAGUUUCACCCACAGUGGACAUCUGAAGAAGCACAUGAGGACCCACACGGGAGAGAGACCGCACCGCUGUGACGUCUGUGGUAAAGGGUUUCUACAGAGCGCACACCUGAAAUACCACUUAGGGACUCACACCCAGAAAUACUGACUUUUCUUCCACCUGCAGCUGUGUUUGUCAAAAAGUUCUCAGAACUGAGAGCUCUUUAUGAAGAGAUAAAUAAACAGUUAACACAGCCACAAAGGAUUUAAACAGGGAAAAUGUAUUCUUCAUUCACUUGGUCUUCAAUAUCAAUAUACCCUUAAAAAUUAAGCAGGAAACACAUUCUGCAGCUAGUUUUAUCAAGCAGAACUGAAACAAACACUUAAAGGGACUGUUCUCCCCAAAAUCAAAAAUACUUGUUUCCCCCUCUUACUUGUAGUGCUACUUAUCAAUCUAGAUUGUUUUGGUGCUGAGUGUUGAAGAUAUCGGCCAUAGAGAUGUCUGUCGUCUCUAGAAUAGAUUAAGACUUUUUGGCACUUGUGUUGCUCAAAGCAACAAAGAAAAUAUAUUUGAAAAACUCUUAACAGAAAUCCAGAUAAUCCACAGGCCUUGCUGUGAGCAGUAGGAACUGUAAUAGUUAAGGCAAGAGGACAAGUGGAGGUGGAGUGAGGACACUAUGUGUUUUGUAGUUUUAGAUUUUGGGGUGGACGUCCUGUUAAAUGCCAAGAUUCACUGUUAACAAGUUCUUGUUUCCAUUAAACAGUUUUUUUGGUAAUGACACUGCUGCUAACAUCAAGUUAUGUGUCACUAUUCAUUUUAUGUUACAGAAUUUGAAUGUUGUUAAAUCUAGGGGUGUAAAUCACAGGUUUCAUCACAAUACAAUAUUAAAUCGAUUCAUUGAAUGAUAUGAUUUUUGCUGAUAUCACAAAUUCUGCGAUUCAGAUUCACUAUAAAGUGCCACAUUGCAUUUAAGUGCAAAUGUUUUUUUAUGGGUUUACUUAAAGAGCCUUUUAAUUAUGAAGAUAAACCAAUCCCAAGAUUGGUUCUAUAUUUGUGCUCAGUUUAUUGAUCAAAACUAAACAGGGAGAUUGUCAAAAUAAAAGUGUAUUAAAAAUGGUGAUAUGCAUUUUAGUUUGGAUCAUUCACUGAUGAAUCGAUCUAUAUCAUUGUAUUGUUCCACCCUUAGUUAAAUCUGCGUGGUUCGGCUCAGACUUGCUGUAAAACCAGGUUAGUUCACCAACAAUCACCUACAGCAGGAUGCACUGUUUUACUGCUAUAUUUAUUAAGUAAAGUUUUAUGCAGUAGGUGUGAUGAUUUUAUUCUAUUCUGCUCUCUUCUGUUCAAGCUUACGUUUUAUUAAACAGCUCUGUCAUAUGCUAAUAAUAACUAAUUCCUGUUAAGAGCGGUGCAUUUUGGUACUAAUUAAAGGGAAACACUCUGUG